UUUGUGUGUCAUGCAGUUUAUCUGUCAGCAUGGCUGAGGGAAUUGUAUCCAUAGGAGAUGUAGAGACAUCCUUCCAGAAGUUUGCAGCCCAUGGUGACACCAAGGCUUCCAAGAAGGAGAUGAAUGGGAAGAACUUUGCUAAACUGUGCAAGGACUGCCACAUCAUCGAUGGCAAGAACGUCACCACCACAGAUGUUGACAUCAUCUUCAGCAAAGUCAAGGCAAAGUCAGCUCGCGUGAUCACGUUUGAGCAGUUCAACCAGGCCCUGGCAGAACUGGCUCCCAAACGAUUUAAAGGAAAAAACCAAGAGGAGGCACUGCAACAGCUUCAUGGUCUCAUUAUUGGGAAGGAGCCUGCCAAUAUUGGUGUCACAAAAGUUGCAAAGACAGCUGCAGUGGACAGACUGACAGAUACCACCAAGUACACUGGUUCUCACAAGGAGCGGUUUGAUGAGUCGGGCAAAGGAAAAGGAAAAUCUGGACGUGAAGACAUCCCAGACUCCAGUGGCUACGUGUCAGCCUAUAAGGGCAGCGGCACUUAUGAUGAGAAAGUGAAACAAGCAUAAGCUUGCUGACAGAUGACAAAAAUUCAAAGAAAUCAUUUAACUCAAAGAAAAACUGUUUUGGUUUUUGGGAUGUCAUUUUAAAAACAUAUUUUCACAGAUUUUGUAGA